AUGCAGAUUUUCGUGAAGACCCUCACGGGCAAGACCAUCACCCUCGAGGUGGAGUCCUCGGACACCAUCGACAAUGUAAAAGCCAAGAUCCAGGACAAGGAGGGUAUCCCCCCUGAUCAGCAGCGUCUGAUCUUCGCCGGCAAGCAGCUGGAGGACGGUCGCACCCUCAGCGACUACAACAUCCAGAAGGAGUCCACCCUUCACUUGGUGCUCCGUCUGCGUGGUGGUGCGAAGAAGCGCAAGAAAAAGACCUACAACACUCCCAAGAAGAUCAAGCACAAGCACAAGAAGGUCAAGAUGUCCAUCUUGAAGUACUACAAGGUGGAGUCCGACGGCAAGAUCAAGCGCCUCCGCCGCGAGUGCCCUUCUGCUGAGUGCGGUGCCGGCAUCUUCAUGGCCUUCCAUAACGACCGCCAGUACUGUGGCAAAUGCGGCCUCACGUACACCUUCCAGCCCGGCACCAAGCCCCCCGCGGUCUAA